GCUCGGAGUCGCUCAGCUCAACUAACGCACUACAUGGAGAAGAUACAGAGCAAACGUUUGGAGGAGAUACCGGAGCUUCACGCACAGGAACCAGGAUGGUCUAUACCACGGCUCUGCUCUUUGGACACGGAGUGCCCGUCUUGCCAGAAGAAGAAAGUCUCGUAGAGAUGAUCGGAAAGUACUUCUGCCAGCUCACAGCCGCGGGCAUAAAGACGAGUUCAGCCCGGCGGGGGAGCGUCGACAGCUGCGACGAGAGAGAUAACCGCUCGCCUUUUGCCAACUUGGACACUGUUUUGGAGCAGGGGGAGCGGCUCCUUCAGCAGGAUGUGACCCGGCAGAUAGAGCACUGUCUGACAGAGGCCAAAGCUUCCAUCCUCCACUGCCAAGUGCUGCUGCUGCCUCGCCAGAUGACCGCCAGGGUGGGCCAGGACGUGGUGCGCUCCUCUGCUGAUGAGCCCUGCGGGCUCCGGGGCGCCUCCAUCAAAGUCUAUGUGGAGGGCAAAGAUGGCCUGAAGUCUGUGGGGAGCAUCUUCCCAGACCCAAGUGUCACCUCGACGUUUGAACUGUCUGUGAUCUUCAAGGCAGACAAGGAUGACGGCUGGCCGUCACUCAUGCACAUCUUUGAUCCCAACAAAGUGGUGAAGCUGAGACCAGAGUACCGGCUAGUGAAGAGGAAGCUCUACUCCUCCGCCAGCCCUGUCAUCCAUGAUUUCAACUAGAGGCCAAACUGAGAAUGUAAACCCGUUUACGUGUGUGUGUGUGUAAAAUUCCUAACUUUAUCUUAAAUGUCAGGCUACAUCCACGAGGUUUGGCCUGGCCUGCACUGGAAAAUGCUGGAGUUUCCCUGUUUUUUUUAAAUUAUUUUUUUAUUUUAGCUCUAAGGAAGUGGAUUGUUCUUUAUUUCAUGUAUGGAUGUCUAAUUUGGAGCAGCAGGUCAAACUGCUUGUUUUCCUACACUCAGUGGUCAACAUGACUAGAGUAUUUUGCACAUAAUGGUUGAAUGUACACUAAAACUUCUUCCAGGACUGGGCAGGUCUCAUUCCUAAAGUGUGCUGAACUUCAAUUAUUUAUUCAAGUAUAAAAUAAAACACUUUUUUACACAA